AUGCUGUCCUAUCAUGUCGGGAGGCCGAUCGUCUACAAAUAUCUGACAGAGAAAGCCGUCAAAUGGUCAGAGCAGGUGGAGCGGCACAAAGAUCAUCUGAUUAAUUAUAUCAUCAUAUUCCUGAGAAUAACGACGCCUUUCCUGCCAAACUGGUUCAUCAACAUCACCUCUCCAGUCAUCAACGUCCCCCUUAAAAGUCUUCUUCUUGGGGACCUUCCUGGGCGUGGCCCCUCCGUCAUUCGUGGCGAUCAAGGCCGGGACCACACUGUACCAGCUGACCACGGCGGGGGAGGCGGUCUCUUGGAACUCCGUCAUUGUCCUCAUGAUCUUGGCUGUCCUCUCCAUCUUGCCUGCCAUCUUCCAGAAGAAACUAAAGAAGAAGUUUGAAUGA